UCGUGUUUCGAUGUUGCUCGCACAAAAUCCCGUAAAAAGUAGUGGAAAAACACGAAAAUAAAUAAAAAUCCGCAAAAAAUCCCAAACUUUAGUCACUAGUCGACCAUGAACGCCGAAAACUAACACGUCGCUUCCCAAAUUCAGUGAAAACUAUCCGAAAAGUGUCCGCUCAGUGAACGAAUCAUCAUCGAAUAUCAAUUGCAGUGCUGUGCUUACUCACUCACAAAAUAGCUACUUUUUGGUCGAAAAAUUAUCGGAAAUAAAAAAAGUGAUGAAAAAGGCAGCUAAAAAGUAACCUACAAUGAAAAGUGUCGCAAUAAUUCUACUGAACGGCUAAUAGAACGGCGAUUGUUCUUUUUUUCGUCUUGACAAAACAUAUUGCUUGAAUAUUUGUUUUUUUGUUGUUUCCGAGCGCACACGAUACGAUUCAGUGACGUUCGUUUUUGUUCUUGUUCAAAAAAAAAAAAAAAAAAAAAAAAACCGAAAAAUUUUUAGAAAUUUACGCGAAGCAAAGCGUAGUUGGGAAUGUUGCUGCCGACAAUGAAGUUGCGUGGAAUGCUGCGACACCGAAAAUUGCAAGUCGGAGCGGCGCUCGCCGUGCUAACAACCCUCUGGCUUGCUGUCAAGUUCCUCAGUUCAUGUGAUAAGAAACCGUCCUAUGGCGCGUCGCCCUUCAGUCGCGAGAUGCCGCUCAUUUUCAUUGGCGGCGUGCCACGUAGCGGGACAACGUUGAUGCGCGCGAUGCUGGAUGCCCAUCCGGAUGUGCGAUGCGGUCAGGAAACUCGCGUAAUUCCACGCAUCUUGCAGCUGCGAUCGCACUGGAUGAAAUCCGAGAAGGAAAGUUUGAGACUGAAAGAGGCGGGAAUCUCGCCGGAGGUGCUGAACGAGGCAAUUGCCCAAUUUUCGCUCGAAAUUAUCGUGAAACAUGGCGAACCGGCGCCCCGCUUAUGCAACAAAGACCCGCUGACCCUCAAAAUGGGCACGUACGUGAUGGAACUGUUUCCAAAUGCGAAAUUUUUGUUCAUGGUACGCGACGGCAGAGGCACCGUGCAUUCAAUAAUCUCGCGAAAAGUCACAAUAACGGGCUUCGAUCUCACCAGUUAUCGCCAGUGCAUGAUAAAGUGGAAUCAGGCGAUCGAAACGAUGUACAAUCAGUGCAACAACAUCGGCAAGGAGCAAUGCAAACUCGUGCAUUACGAAAAACUCGUGCUGCAUCCGGAGGAACAGAUGCGCGACAUUCUCGAAUUUCUGAAUAUCACGUGGAACGACUCGGUGCUGCAUCACGAGGAGCUAAUUGGCAAGAAAAAUGGCGUCGCGCUCUCGAAAGUGGAACGUUCGUCAGAUCAGGUCAUCAAACCGAUCAACUUGGAGGCCCUUAACAAGUGGGAAGGACAAUUGCCGGAUGACGUGGUGCGAGAUAUGCCGCAAAUUGCGCCCAUGUUGCGCGUUUUGGGCUACAAUCCGUACGAAAACAAGGGAAAUUACGGCGAUUCGUCGGCUUGGGUCAAAGAAAAUACCUUCAAAAUUAAGGAACACCCGGAGUUGUGGGACAAAAAAGCCAAACAGCUGCUGAAACAACACUCGCGGAACUCGCAUGACGCGAAUCACGAACCAAAUAGUGAAAAUAAUGUGAAUAACGACGUAGAUGGUGAUGACACAAACAACAAAAAGGACUAAAACGUGGCCAUUUAUACAAAAAAAAAAAAUUGAAUCGAAAAUAAUGAAAUAUUUGUAAAUAAUAAACGAAAAAAUAGUGACUGUA